AUGUCUGCGAUGAAAUCGUCGGGCCGUUUCUUCACGAUCGGCCUGGUGACGGCGUGGUAUUCAUCCAACAUUGGGGUUUUGCUGCUGAACAAGUAUCUGUUGAGCAAUUACGGGUUCAAGUACCCGAUUUUCUUGACCAUGUGCCACAUGACGGCGUGCUCGCUGCUGAGCUACGUUGCUAUUGCGUGGAUGAAGAUGGUGCCGAUGCAGACCAUAAGAUCCAGGGUUCAGUUUAUGAAGAUCUCGGCUCUCAGCUUGAUUUUCUGCACCUCUGUUGUUAGCGGCAAUGUUUCUCUCAAGUACUUGCCGGUUAGCUUCAAUCAGGCAAUUGGCGCCACCACGCCUUUCUUCACGGCUGUUUUUGCCUACAUGAUGACUUUGAAAAGGGAAGCUUGGUUGACAUACCUGAGUUUGGUGCCCGUGGUUACCGGAGUCAUCAUUGCUAGUGGGGGUGAACCGAGUUUCCAUCUGUUUGGAUUUAUAAUGUGUGUUGGUGCAACAGCUGCAAGGGCACUCAAAUCCGUGGUUCAGGGGAUUUUGCUUUCUUCCGAAGGGGAAAAGCUGAAUUCAAUGAACCUGCUCCUGUACAUGGCUCCUAUAGCUGUUGUAUUACUACUUCCUGCAACAAUUUACAUGGAGGAAAAUGUUGUUGGUAUAACAUUGGCAUUAGCAAGAGAAGAUAGCAGAAUUAUUUGGUUGCUGCUGUUCAAUUCUGCACUUGCAUAUUUUGUGAACUUGACCAACUUUUUGGUCACGAAGCACACCAGUGCUCUAACUCUUCAGGUGCUUGGAAAUGCUAAAGGAGCAGUAGCAGUAGUUAUUUCCAUAUUGAUUUUCAAGAAUCCCGUAUCAGUUACAGGAAUGCUUGGGUUGGUACCCGCCUUGAUGACCGAGGACUUUGUGUUUCCUAGAGGAUCCGCCAUUCUUCAGGCCAUUAAAAGGGUUUGGCCAUCCGUGCGGCGUGGUCUGAGGUGGUCGAUUGGUGAUGGCGCGACCGCUCGGUUUUGGAAAGACAAUUGGACAGGCUCGCAGCCCCUCAUUACAGAGGCCCUGGGACCUAUCCCGAUUGAGCAGCUCGACUGGACGUGCUGCCGGGUCGAACCAUAUGUAUUGGGGGUUUUCGGAGAAUGGUCGAUUCACAACGAAAUCGGCCUACGAGUCGCUGGGUUCGACAAUUCUUCUGGCUUGCCGCCCACGAUAAAUUGCUCACUAAUGCCGAGCGGCGGAGGCGCCAUAUCUCAGACUCGUCGCCCUGCCCAUUGUGUGGUCGUGAUGAUGAAUCGACCAUACACUGUCUUCGAGAUUGCACAGGAGCCCGAGAGAUUUGGCGAUGCUUGGUCCCUCUCCGUCAACAGCCCGAGUUCUUUCGCUUACAGCUACGAGAUUGGUUGA